CCAAAGGUUUCGCGAAACCGGUGUGCCCGUGUCUAGGCAAGUGUAUUAGAAGAACAAUUGCACACGGGGCGGAUCAUUAGCCCGUGCAGCUGCUUCUGUGGUCACGCUGUAGUCUCCAGUCUGCUUAUCGUUAGCUAAUAGGCUGGAUAGGAUUCCUCUCAGGCCAAGUCUCGUCGUAGUCGGGAGUUAAACACCUUCGGCAAUUAAGUGUUGAUCUAAUGAUAUCUAUUAACGAGCGGCAAAGCGCCACUACUGCCAAAGCGACACUGGGUGGGAACGUGUUUCUUACACAAGGGAUGCGUAUUGUAUCGGUGUUGAGAAGCAUUAUUUAAAAUAUAAAAAUCGAUUCGAGCUCUACAGUCGGGCUGCAACUGUUAGGAAGGAAACGCGCGCGCGCAAAACGGACGAUGAAUCGGUUGGCAAGUGCUCUGAUUGUGGUUUCGAGUUUGGCCGUGUGUUUGGCGGAGGUUGCCCCGGUAUUGGAAAUCUGCAGCCGGAACGAUGAGAAUCUGGGCCAAUGUAUUAUGAAGGUCGUGGACAAGAUCCGACCGAACAUAGCCAAUGGAGACUAUGGUGGUGGACGCACUGCUCCGAAGCUGGAUCCGUUCUCGAUCGAUAAGGUGGACAUCGACCACGGGCCAAGCUUCCGCGCCAAGAUGAGGGAUGUGACCAUCGUUGGGCUGAGCAAGUUCGUUCUCCGAAAGAUUCGCCCGGAUUUGCCCAACAAGCGUUUCCUCAUAAGUGCGUCAGUUCCCUCCUGUUAUGUGCGAGGAAAAUAUGAGCUGAAUAUGAAUAUCCUGCUGUUGAAAAUCGCUGGUAAAGGAGAUUUCAACCUGACAUUAGGUGACACCCAGGUGAAUAUGAUGGUCCAGUACUACUUGGAACCCAAGGGUGGCAAAAAUUACCUGAAAUUCCGACCAGUGGAGAUCAAAAUCAAGUUCGACAAAGCACUGUUCUACCUGAAGAACUUGUUCGGUGGUGAUCCGACCUUGGAAGAGAUUGGAAACCAGGCCAUCAACGCCAAUCCCCAUCUAUUGCUGGACGAAGUGAAACCCGCCAUUAAGGAUAAGCUGCAGGAGUCACUGACGUAUAUUUCCAAUUCGGUGGUUGACGGAGCGGAGGAAGAUGAGUUACUUCCGCGAACUAAAACAUAGUAUAAGAUGCAAUGCAUAACAUGUUGAGCUGUGAGUUUUGUUACGGAUUUUUAAUUAUGCGAAUAACUUGAUCUGAUAUAAAUAGCAAAAAUGGGUUAAGAUAUGGUA